AAAGAGUUCGAUGUUUGCGCGUGGGAGUUUUAGACGGGCUUUCAUGCCCUUAGAGGAAUUUAAGCGCAUUGUUCGCGGGUUGGGAUUCCGACAAGCGAAGCAGCUUAAAGAGUGGCUUCGUUCGGCAGAUUGUCCUGCGACAGUUCCGAAGUGUCCUGAGACCGUUUACCGGCGAGAUGGUUGGAUAUCGCACUUAGAAGCCCUGGGAGUACCACGGGCGCAGCAUGAGGC